AUGGCGACCUACGAAGGUAAAUUGAAAUCGAUGGAGACUAAGAUCAAACUACUGAAGCUAACCGAUGAAGAAACACAACGAACAAUUGAGAAAGGACACGUACCGUCACUGGAAAGACAACAAAGAGUGCUCAAAACGAAAUUGGAAGAAGUAUACAGUUUAAAAGUUGAAAUACAAGAGCUUAAAAUUCAAAGUGACGAGGAGACAGAUAAUAUACGUGAGUGGAGCUCGGAUAUCGACAGCCAGUUGACGACUUUUGAAGGGAAUAUAGAAAAGCUUGAAAGCGUGAUAAAGGAACUGAACAAAAGAUCAUUGGAACAAACAAAGCAAGACGAAGAACAACUUAUAGAGCAAAUGAAGCAGAAACAAUUCGAAAGAGAGAUGAAAUUUGAAGAAGAAAAAUUUGAACAACGAAUGAUGUAUGAGAAGAAAAUCGAAGAAAGCCGCCAAGCUCAAGUCAAGACUAAGGAUAAUCUUUCAAGGUCAAAUUCAAAGCUACCAAAACUUGUUAUUUCGAAAUUUAACGGAGAAUUUACUGACUGGCUCAGAUUUUGGAAUCAGUUUGAGGCGGAGAUAGAGGCUGCUGAAAUACCUAUUGUAACUAAAUUUUCCUACCUGAAAGAUUUAAAACCGAAACCAGACCCCGUGUUGGUAAACCUGGAGACCCUGUUGCAGAAUUCACCCGUUUUGGUUGGACCCUUAUCUCACCUGGAAGUGAAGUGGACUUGUCAAACAUGUUCUUAACGCAAACGUCAACCGUGGACUAUGAAAAUCUCUGCAGCCUUGAUGUGUUGGGCUUGAAAGAUUCGCCAGCAGGAGACCAACGGAGUGUAUAUGAAGAAUUCAAGGAACAGUUGAUCAGACGCCCAGAUGGAUCGUAUGAAACCGGCCUUCCCUGGAGAGGAUGCCAUCCACCUUUACCAAAUAAUGAGCUGGGAAGUCUAAGAAGGUUAAAUUACCUUGCCAGGAAGUUGGAGAAACAACCCGGUAUGCUUCAGAAGUAUGAUGAUGUUAUCAAAGAUCAGUUAUCGCAAGGCAUUGUAGAGAAAGCAACAGAAGAAGCAGAUGGUCGUGAGUUCUACAUCCCUCACAAACCCGUUGUUCGUGAUUCCGCCGAGACAACCAAGCUUCGCAUCGUUUACGAUGCUUCUGCUCGAGAGAAUGAGAAAGCACCUUCCCUGAAUGAGUGUUUGGAAACUGGGCCAUCCUUGCAGAACUUACUUUGGAGCGUGUUGGUGAGAAAUCGAUUCUAUCCAGUGGCCAUUGCGGGAGAUCUGAAGCAAGCAUUCUUACAAGUGUGGAUAAAGAAUCAAGAUCGAGAUGUGUUGAAAUUUCAUUGGUUCAAAGAUUUGGGAACUAAAGAAGUGGAAACACUACGAUUCACACGCGCCCUGUUUGGCCUCGCUCCAUCCCCCUUCCUUCUGGGAGGAGUGAUUGAACAACAUUUGGAACUGUGUCAAGAGAGAUUCCCACACGAAGUAGAAGAGAUCAGACGAAGCCUUUAUGUGGAUGACCUAAUUGGUGGAGGAGAGACCCCAGCCAAAGCCUUACACUUGAAAGAAACAUCUCAAACGAUUUUUGGCGAAGCAAACUUUGAACUUCAUAAGUGGCAUUCAAACAACCCUGACCUAGAAACAACCAGCACAUCCACCUUUGACCAACAACAAAGUUAUGCGAAGGAGCAACUAGGAGUGCAGCAAGGUGAAACCAAGUUACUGGGCUUACCAUGGAAGAAAGGUGAAGAUACUAUAGCAGUCAAAGUGUCGCAACAGAAAGCAGAACCCACAAGAAGAGGAAUCUUGGGUACCCUUGCCAGAAUCUACGAUCCAUUAGGAUUAGUGUCACCAAUCACUGUGGCUGGUAAGAUGCUGUAUCGUGAUGUUUGUGAAAUCCAAAAAUGUUGGGACAAACAGCUACCUACUCCAGUUCUUAACAAAUGGUUGCGUUGGGAGAAACAUCUACCUGACCAAGUGACAGUGCCAAGAAGCCUUGUCAAGUAUCAAGAAGAGAUCACAGGAAUCCAACUGCAUACUUUCGGGGACGCAAGUGGAAAAGGGGUUUCAACGAUAGUGUACGCAGUGAUUCAGCAACAGACAGGAGUCAGCCAGGGACUCGUUGCCGCCAAGUCGCGUCUCGCAAAACACGGACUGACCAUUCCCAGACAAGAGCUAGUGUCGGCGCAUAUGAGUACUAACCUUGUGCACAACGUGAAAGUAGCAUUGGCGGGUUUUCCAGUAACAGGCGUUUACGGUUGGCUUGACAGUACCGUGGCUCUCCAUUGGAUAAACGGGAAUGGAGAAUAUAAACAGUUUGUAAGAAAUCGCGUAAGAAAAAUCCAAGAAAAGCAUUACAUCCAGUGGGGACAUGUACCUACAGCCGAAAACCCAGCAGACGUGGGAAGCCGUGGUGGAUCUGUAGAACAACUAUCCGAGCUUUGGUGGCGGGGACCUGCAUGGCUGCAGCAUCCAGAAAGUUGGCCAGAGACAGUUGUUACGAGCGCGACUGCAGAAAGUGAAUCCGAAGCUAAGAUUGUACGAGAUGUGUUGGCAGUAGCGAUGCGAGAGGAAGAUAAGCUUGAUGAGCUGAUGGAAAAGUUCGAGUAUUGGAAAGUCAUACGAACAACCGCUUGGGUAGCAAGGUUCACCAGCAAUUGCAAGUUGAAGCAAUCGGAACGAAUCAAAGGUCCUCUAAAGACAGCAGAAACCAACCUUCAAGUCGACUUUUGGGUAAAGCGAGUGCAAGAGAAAUGUCAAGGAACCAGAGAAUUCGAGGAAGAUCGACAGCGUCUCAACUUACAGAGAAAUUACAAAGAGUUGUUCGAAUGUCGAGGUAGAAUUCAGGGAGAUUACCCAGUAUACCUUCCUGACAAGUCAACACUUACAGAAAAGCUGGUGAUGGAUGCUCAUGUGCGAACUUUGCAUGGGGGAGUGGGACUUGUUAUGACAGAAAUCAGAAAGGAGUACUGGAUCCCUCGUCUGCGAAGUGUUACGAAGCGUGUAAUCAAGAAGUGCUAUGGCUGCAAACGUCAUCAAGCUACCGCCCUUGCUCAACCACCUCCGGGCAAUCUUCCGCGAAAUAGAACUGAAGGAGCAUGGCCAUUUCAAGUUGUCGGAAUUGAUUAUGCUGGACCGAUAACGUAUCGAGCUAAGAAAGGUCAAGAGAAGAAGUCAUACAUAUUGCUUUACGCUUGCAGUUUGACACGCGCAUUGUACCUGGAGUUGCUGCCUGAUCUUACGACCGACGAAUGCAUUCGAAGUUUGAAGCGACUUAUUGCAAGACGGGGACGACCAGACCGGAUUUACUCAGACAAUGGGAAAACUUUCGUCGCAGCUGCAAAUUGGUUACGUAAGGCUAUGAGAGAUGAACAGUUGCAUGAUUGGCUAGCGAAGCAGAAAAUUGCAUGGCAAUUCAAUUUAAGCCGCGCCCCUUGGUGGGGUGGUCAAUUUGAAAGGAUGGUGGGGCUUGUGAAACAAGCUCUCUAUAAGACCACGGGUAAAGCAAAUUUGCGCUGGGAGGAACUGGAAGAAGUGCUCUUGGAUAUUGAGACAGUCCUAAACAAUCGACCAUUAAAUUACGUCGAAGAUGACAUUCAAUUGCCAACUCUAACACCACAUGCCAUGAUAGUAGGACGUCCUAAUUUGAUACCAGAAAGUGCAGAACUUGAUGAUGAAAACGAUGGUGAUCUGAGAAAAAGAGCAAAGUACUUGCAACGAUGUAAGAAUGCAUGGUGGUCGAGAUGGUCAGCUGAGUAUUUGAAAGCUUUGAGAGAACGACACAACUUGAAGAACAAAACAACGGAGAUGAAUGCAAAACCUGGAGAUGUAGUCUUAAUAAAGGGUGAUGAACGAAAUCGUGGGCGAUGGAAAAUUGGCAUCGUAGAAAAGCUGAUAAAAGGCAGAGACGGAAUUGUGAGAGCAGUACGAUUGCGAGCUGGUAAGUCGUUCCUGGAACGUGCCAUACAACAGUUGUAUCCGAUGGAGUUAUCGUGCGACAGAGCAAGCCAGAAGAAAUUGGAUGCAACAGUUAAAGAAUUCACACCAAAACGACGGGCAGCAAAGAUAGCGAAAGAGAACAUUCGUCUAAUUGCUGAAGAAGAAGAGGAAGAACAUUAG